AUGGCGUCUUCAUCCGACCAAAAUCCCCUCUUACCGGGUAUGAAGCUCCUCACCUCCGCUCUCAUAGCCACCAUCAUGACCAAGCUCGACAUCCCCUCCAGUCACUCGCAUCCACGUGCAAGACCUUCUGCUCCUGCGCCGCCCACAUCCCGUGUUUCGCCCCCACCUUCCACCUUUUUGUUAUUACCACUAAAACUCGAACCAACUAACUCUCUUCGCCAAUCGCUCGACCCGAAGCAUCAACAUUCUCUGUGCUGCGUCUAUGGCCUGGAUACGGAGGCGGUUGAGGCGACGGGGGAGAGUGCUGUUCCGCAAAAGGGGAGCGAAGUAAAUUUAACCCUUGGUGGUAUUGAUCUCAACAGUUCUGGAAGGUUGGUUUCAAUUUGUAUACUUCUCACAGAUUUUAGUGUUUUCAUUUGUGCAUCGAUUUGGCUGCCUGGCCACAUUCCUGCCACAGUAAAUUUUCUGAAUGACUCUAUAGUUUAUCAAACAGACGACCAUGCUCAGAAAUAUUUUCUCAAGGUCCAGAAGAAUGGAACAAAUGAACGUGCACCUCCGCCCCGUCCAAAGAGAAAAUCAGCCCAUCCUUAUCCACAAAAGGCUCCCAAAAAAGUUGUGUCUCAAGCCACUGGAGCAUUGCAGUCUUCAGCUAGAUGA